CUUCCCCCUUUCUUACCCAACAAAUUCUUCCUAUCUCUCCCUCACGAUCCCAACACAAAAACCACCUUUUUCUGCAACCAGUCAUGGCGAAAGGAAGCAACAAACUCACGAAGCUCAAGUCGGUUCUGAAGAAGCUGAACUCCUUCAACAACAAGCAUAGCCGGUCCGUGGCGAGCUCCGCGGUUGCUGCGGCGGUCGACGAUUCCUCCGCCAACCUCCACCCUGUCUACGUCGGGAAAUCGCGGCGACGGUACCUCAUCAGCUCCGACAUUAUCGACAACCCGCUCUUCCGCGAGCUCGCGGAGAGGUCCGGUGACAACGACACCAUCAACGUCUCCUGCGAGGUCGUCCUGUUCGAGCACUUGCUGUGGAUGCUCGAAAACGCCGAUCUGCAGCCGGAGUCCAUGGAGGAGCUCGUCGAGUUCUACGCCUGUUAACACGAUCGAAUCGAGGUUCCUCUUCCAUAUGCGGAAAAUAACAAUGGAAGUGUGAGUGUUUCUGUGCGGUCACUUACAUUCAUCUAAAUUUGUACAUUAUGUAAUCAUAAUAAUGAUUCGUCGGGGUAGAUAGCAUAGGCGGAGAGACGGCGGCACGAUGCCGAUGAUCAGAAAUUGAUCAGGAGAGAGUUAAUUUAAACGGUGAGGACUAACCGAAUUCACACCGGCUAAUCUCUAGGGCCUGGUGGAAAGGUUUAUGUUCAUCACUGCCGUAUCAUGUUGUCCUUAAUUAAUUGUCCAUUUUUCUCAUAAUUAUUUAUGUAUAAUUUUCAAUUCUA